CUAUUACAUCAUUUCUUCAACUCUCAAAGAAAACAGGGGAAACUAAGCAAAAAAACAGAGAUACCUUUUUCUUUUAAUUUUUUGGGAAAGGCAGAAAAACAGAGAUACUAGGAAAAACAUUUCCUUUGUUUGAGUCUGAUAUACAAGAAAAGUGGCUGAGAAGACCCAGAAAGUGCAUCCCCUGGCUCCGGCGAAUGGCUACCCGAGGAGUGACGACGAGGCAGUGAGCAUCCAGACCAAGGAACUGAAACGGAAGAAAAGAAUCAAAUGGGCAGUCUACAUCGCCGCCUUUGCGGUGUUCCAGACCAUCAUCAUCCUGGCUUUCGCACUGACUUUCAUGCGCAUUAGGAACCCUAAGAUGAGGUUCGGCACAAUCGACAUCCAACGCUUCCAAACCACCGCCCCUACCGGACCUUCCCCGGCGUCAUUUGACAUGAGAUUCAUCGCACAAGUUACAGUAAAGAACACGAAUUUCGGUCACUACAAGUUCGAACAGUGCUAUGAGGGUUUAUUACGAUAGGGUUGAAGUGCAAGUAGAUCAAAAGCUGGGAAUUUGGGUGUAUUUUCUUAAUGCUUAUUAUUCUGUCGCAUUCUGUUUUGCGGUUACCAUUUAGUUCUUUAUAAUAUAUUAUUUUUUAUUUU